CGGUGGGAUUGCCGUCUCUCUGUGCUGUGCUGGAGAGCCCUGAACUCGCCCGAGUCUCCAACACAACCCUAACUCUUUAGUCUCUCUCCAUCUCCUGCCUCUCCUGUUUCGUCGCCCUCCUCCCCUUUCUUCUCCUCUCGUCUCCCCUCCUUUCUCGUGAUCUUCUCUCUUCGUUUCUCCUAUUACACGCUGAGGGACUCGCUUGGGAUCUUGCUAUGCCCUAACUCUUUCCUCGUUCACACGCUGCUGCCUCCGCCUUCCCUCUUCCUCGUUGCACACCGUAGCCGUCAAAGAACUGCGAAGGUUGUAGACGAAGUAAAGCAGCAUGGUGCAAUUUAAAAAUAGAUAUAUGGUGAUGGAAAUUUUUAUUGAUGGAGAAAAAGAAUUGGUUGGUGGUGACCCAAAAAAGAUUCUUAGCUCAAACAAUGUCUCCAGAGCAAUUAAGGAUAGCAUUCAGUUGAAUUUUGGGGAGUGUGGUCUUGCCCUAUCACUUGGAUCAUUUCAAGUGAAAUAUCUCAAUGCCUUGACAAAGAUAUGCAUCAUCCGAACAUCUCAUGUGGAUCACCGAAAAGUUUGGUCUGCUAUAACAAUGAUAAGGAGCAUUGGGAAUUGCCCAGCUAUGUUUAAUUUACUUGACUUGAGUGGAAGCAUCAGAACCUGUAAAACAGCAGCCUUGAAGUGUGAGGAAAUGAAGUUUGAACAAUACAUAGUGGCUGCUGGAGAUCACUGUCCACAGGAUAUCACUGAUAUUAUGAAGGAAAGCAUAGACAAAAUCAAUGCCUUGGAGAGCUAACAAAAGGUCAGCUGCAGAUCCUUCCUAUCUAGUUCUCCCUUCACUGUGUUCGAUAGUCAAGGCAAUAUAUUCAGAUAUAACUGAGCCCUUCCCAUCUGUCAAAUUUUCUUCCCUUUUUCUUCUGAUUUUUGUGUAGCAUACUUGGGUCUAUAUUAUUUUCUUUCAUAAUUCUCCAUCCGAGGAACUACAAAAUGGAGUUAGAAAUUAUCACUGUGUAGCUUUAACUGGCUCAUCAAGACCUAUCUUUAGCCAUUUAUGCUGAAAUUGAUAGCAAAAUGAUAGUAAGUAUUUAUGCAAUUUUCAGCAGUUGCUUGAGGUUUCUUGAAA